AUGCAAGAUCCAAUCAAGCAGAGUCCUGCGGAAUAUGAAGCAGACCGUCAGGCUCGCGAGGUUUAUCGGUAUUUUCAACCCACAAAUCCGGCGGCGCUUAAUGCGGCUUGGCUGCCGUUAGGUGAUGAUUCAGCUUCUGUCGCCGGCUUGUCAGCGACGACCUCUACUGCCCCUGAUCUUCCAGUGCCAGGGACGACUGCGGUUGAAGCUCCUAGCGUCUUGUCUAGCCCAAAUACAACUUUGACAUCAUUUGCCCAAUUGGCCGCUCAACAUCUGAACGCGCAACGUGCAUUUAUUACCAUAUUGAACCGUGAUGCGCAGUUCAUUAUCGCCGAAGCUACCAAAACCACCCAUAUUGGAGAGCCGGGAUUGUUAGUGGGAGAACAAGGUAGACUUUUUGCUGGAACAUCAACGUUACAAAGUCCUUGGAACGUAUGCCAGGUAAAAUCGCUUAUCCGCUCGAUAAUAUCAAGUAUCAAGUCUCAUUAUGAACUGACAUCUUUCCUCGCACAGGAAACAGUUGCAACGUCUCCGGAUACGCAAGAUGGAAAAUAUCCUUUACUGGUGAUCAAUGAUCUUGCGCUAGAAGAGCGCUUCAAAAACUUGCCUUUCGUGGACGGAGAGCCACAUUCCCGCUUCUAUGCUGGAACGCCCCUCACGACCGAUAGAAAUAUCAAUGUAGGAUGCUUGUUUGUUCUCGAUCCUCAUCCCCGUGACGGGUUGUCCGAAGUUCAGAAAGAUGCCCUGGGUACAGUGGCAGCAAUGGUCAUGGACUAUAUGCAUAUCAGCCGCCAAGCUGUCGAAGGACGUCGUGCCUCACGGCUGUCGCAAGGCCUUCACCUCUUUGUUGACGGCCAUUCCAGUUUCCCGAGCAGUGUCCAUAUGUCUCGGUCAAACAGCGUGAGCUCUCAUUCAUCCUCACGGCGAUCGUCUUACUUCAGAACUAGCCGAUCCACAAGCUCUCGAAAGUGCGGCUCGGAGCCUCAUGCUGAAGUUGAUGGCGCUGAUUCUCCAAUUAGGGAGACACGGUCUUUAAGUCGAGAUUCCAACACAAAUCCGGACGGGGCCAUCUCUCCUAAAGCCGCUACGCCACUCCGUGCUUUGCAACAAGCUGGCAGCGAUUCAUCCAUCUCCUCGAGCAGCAAUGAUUGGAUUUUUCAGCGAGCCGCAAACCUCCUUCGGCAGGGCUUGGAGUUAAAUGGCGAGAGUGGUGUGAUGUUCUUGAAGAAUAGCAACCAUUUGACAGAUCAAAUUUCCGACGGCCAUUCCUGUCCCACUGAUGCCAAUAAGUCUGCGCCUGUGCUUUCGAUAUCUACCAGAGACGACCCAUUAUCCUUCCAGACAGAAUCUACACCAUCAUGUCCAGCUGUCAAUCUCGACAAAGAAUUCUUAACCCAAUUAGCUCAUAAUUACCCCAGGGGAAGACUCUGGUCAUUUCACAGCGAUGGGUCUUUGUCUAUUUCAGACGAAGAUGAAUAUACUGGGACGUCCCAGAGAGUGAAAGACAAAUACAGGGCCUCGGAAACCAGCAAACUGAAUACGUACUUUCCUGAGGCAUGUCAGAUAAUGUUUGUCCCAUUAUGGAACGCUAUAGAAUCUCAGUGGUUUGCUGGGUGUUUUUGUUGGACUCCCCAGCCAACGAAGAUAUUUAGCCGUGCCGUUGAUCUGAGCUCGGUAUUUGGUUUCGCAUCAUCGAUCAUGACUGAAUACAGCCGUGUCGAAUCGGUGAUUGCAGACCGGCAAAAGGGAGAUUUCAUCAGCAGUAUCUCCCACGAGCUGCGCAGCCCGUUGCAUGGAGUCCUAGCCGCCGCCGAAUUUUUAGGGGACACCAGUGUGGACGAGUUCCAGGAAAGUCUUAUCGAGACGAUAAAUGCAUGUGGCCGAACCCUGUUGGAUACAAUGAAUCAAGUUUUGGACUUUAGCAAGAUCAUGUCACUGCAAAGACGAAAGAGGAGACAUAAGCGCAGAAAAGAUCCAUCCAAACCUAAGGUCACAGACGAAAUCUCAGCUCGCAUGGACCUAUUCGUGACGACAGAUGUGGCUACAUUGACGGAGGAUGUCGUUGAUAGUGUCUGCUUGGGACAUUUCCACAUGAAACGAUCAACAACAUCGAACAAUCCUCCCAUAACUGAUUUUCCACUUUCAAAUUUUAAUCCAACAAAGGAAGACAAUAAAGCCAGCUCCUACUCGGAAGUGGACGUUGUCGUCGACAUUAGCAAUAAUGAUUGGUCGUACAAAGUCCAGCCAGGAUCGCUAAGACGGCUCAUCAUGAAUCUUCUGGGUAAUGCCUUGAAGUAUACCGACAAGGGCUUGAUCUCUGUUUGUGUCGAGGCUACUCAGCUGCCUAAAGGUCGUUCUCAACAUCAGGCUUCUGAAGAUGUGGUGACGUUGACCGUCUCGGACACUGGCAGAGGCAUCUCGGGUGAAUACCUUCGAACUCGUUUAUACACUCCAUUUUCACAAGAGAAUCCACUAUCGGUAGGAACUGGCCUCGGUCUUUCAAUUGUCCGCGGUAUUGUGGAUACGUUAAAUGGAAAUAUCAAUAUCCAAAGUCGAGUGGGCGAAGGCACUAUUGUCAAGGUGUCGUUUCCUCUCCAACGUCCAGAAGGGGAACGGAACCCAUUCUCCAAAACUUGUGCGGAUAGCCCAGCGCUAGAUGCACUUACGGCAUCCUCCAAACUCCGAGAUAUGAACUUGACAGGGAAGCGUGCUGCAAUUUGGGGAAUGGGUUCUUCUGCCAUUGCUCAUCAUCAGUUCUGGUCUUCGGUCGCUCGGUAUGCUACGGACUGGUAUGGCCUGAAGGUCGUACCUUGGUCUGCCGAGGAACGUAUUGAUGUUCUGUUUGCGGACGAAAGCGAUUUGUCGUCAGAAAAUUUGCAGCAUUUGCCUGCUGGAUUACCGAACUUGCUCGUCUUUUACGAUAAUCGGAGUAGCCCUGGUGAAUCUAGAGAAGAAUGGUCGCAUCUUGCUGGCUCUGUGGCUCUUCUCCGUCGACCUUGCGGUCCACAUCGUCUCGCCAGAGGUAUUUUGAGUUGUCUUGAUUCGAAAGCAGAUUCUCUUAUGAAGCGUUCACAUAGUCUUCGACAAGGAUUCGUCAUAUCGGAACGACCUAGGCUUGCAUCUGCGCUGUCUGAGAAUUCUACAUUCAAAUCGUUUGAAGAACUGAACGUCCCAGCUACAGAGUCAUUGGAAUUGAUCCCAGGUACACAAAGACAUGGUCUGCAUGUCGCCCAGCGUGAUGAUACUGCACUUGGUCUGGACACAAAACCACCCGGUCGAGACACAUCCAACAUUCAUCCGUCAUCAUCAGUUCCCCAUUCCACUGGAAGUCUAGCUGAUGCUGAUCUGCCUUCUGUGAAUGCCAGCAGACCUCGGGUCCUGCUAGUAGAUGAUAACGACAUCAACCUGCGCCUUUUGGUGACACAUAUGAAGAAACGGAAUGUCACGAUUGUCCAUACGGCACAUAAUGGAAGAGCAGCUGUCAACUGCGUGGAAAGCAUGCCACAGGGAUAUGAUCUUAUUUUCAUGGACAUUUCUAUGCCCAUCAUGAACGGAUUUGAAGCAACUCGUGCUAUUCGUAUGAUUGAAAAAGAACGGGGCAGCGCCGUUCCGGCAAAGAUCAUUGCUUUUACGGGUCUUAGCAGCCCGCGUUCGGAGUCUGAGUCUGUAGACUCUGGAAUGGACUUGUUCCUUACGAAACCUGUUUCGUUCAAGGAUGUAUCACGGCUCGUGAAUGAUUGGAGAACCAAAUCGUCGGACUCAUGCUAG